AUGGACAAUCCCGCCUUCAAAGACUGGCAGCAGGGUUUCUGCCCCUUUGACGCCAUCGGCUUCGCCCACCUCACACCGUCACCACCAAGCCAAGACGACUUUGCGAAAGCAGUCCGCGUCGCGCGUUUCGUGACCGACCCAGCGCGCAUCCAGAAAGCAGGCGAGGCCGCUUCAAGGCUGCCGUAUACACGAGAACAGGUGGACCAGGCAGUCAAGUACUUCACUCAGCACGGCAGCAGCAGUAAUUACAACCCAACGUCUGCGGAGGACGAAUUAUUGGAUCCGGUGGCGUGGGAGUGGGCGUUCCAGGAGAUUGUCGUCUUCCAGUAUCGUCAUGUCUAUGUACGGCACUGGGCGCCGGAGAGACUGCGUUGGGAUCAGGUUGUUCUCGAGGAUGCCAUUGCCGUCGACCUCGCUCCGCCGGUAAUCUCAACACGCAAGGCAGAUGAUAAUGAAGGACAAGACAAGAACGACGAAAAGCAAACACUGGCCCACAACAACUCGACUCAGGUGCAGAAAGGACAGAGCUGUGGCAAGGUGGCGGAAGACAUGACCACUGAGGCUGUCAACACCAAGAUUGCCACCACAGGCGCCAUCUUCGAGCCCACGACGCCUGCCCGCCUUGGUCUGUUCGAUGCUCAGUCAACACAAAUCGAGGAGACAGGCCAGAGACACCGCUUCUUCUCUACCCGACUUGGUCAUCACGCAAAACGCCAUACCGAGAAUGACAACAACACCAUCAUGGCCCAGCCAGUCCGACACCCCUCCCUCCUCUCACCAACAUCCCACUCAUCCCCGGCUGCCAAUAAUUACCAACGUCCCCAGGACCGCAACCGCAACACCACCCGCUCAUCCCACCGACGCGUCCACCACACCGGCGUUAUCCUCGGCCACCACCGCCGCCAGCUGCACAGCCUCCCAGCACAUCUCCGCGGCAGACCAUCACCAUCAGUAGCAUCACCAUCAGUAGCAGAAGCAUCUCCAACCGGCCCCACUGUGGCCCCUGCCACGACGGGCAACCUGCAACACAACAAGGACUACCGCCAGGCCGUGCACAGCGUGGUGGACGCGCUGGGGCGGGUGCAGCGCUGGCUGCGCGCGACCAACAUGGCGGGGGAGCUCGUGCCGCGCGAGUACCGGCUCCCCGGGGUGGGCAUGAUCGACGGCGCGAGUAUCGUGUACCGGCCUCGGUUUCGGGCCAUGGGCCACGAGGCGAUCAACGACGAGAUGGGUAUGCUGUCAAAGCAGCCAGGCACGCGUGGCAGUACACAGAUGGGCUGGGAGGUGCUUUUUGGGGUAGAAGGCAGAAAUGGAAGUUGGGGAUGGGCCUGGCCCUCGCUCAACGUGCCAGCACGACCAUGUGCGCAACUGGUUGAGCUCGGCACCGAUAUCAUUCCUCCUUGCCUCAGUCCUGAGCACCCAAAGGCAGACACAAUCACUCCUCGCAAGCGGGCCACAGCUGACGCCCGAUCCCGGCUGAGACAACGGGAAUCUGCCUCUUGA